AUGAAGUCAGCCACCUUCUCCGUUCUGCUGCUUAUCCUGCUGGGCGUGGCCUGGUGCGGAGACAGCCACAGCUGGGGUUCAGAUCUGCCAUCAUUGCAGAAGAGGGCAGGUGGCGCCGAGCAGGUGAGUCUCUCUCCUGAAGCAGCAAGACAAGAGCUGUCAGCUGUCACAUCCAAGAACUACUACAAUAGCCCGCAGGGGAAUCCUACUUACAACUGGCAAUACUAUACCAAGGCCACUACUGCCAAGGGAGCAGUCACACCUUCAUCGUCCUCGGCUUCCCGGGCACAGCCUGGCCUGCUGAAGUGGCUGAAGUUUUGGUAG